AUGUCCAUCUUGUUGGAAACAACAUUAGGAGACAUUGUGAUCGAUCUGGAUGUGGAAGGAUCGCCUGAACUUUGCAAAAAUGUUCUCAAGCUAGCGAAAGCCAGAUAUUACAGUCAGUCGCUCGUUUAUAAUGUACACGCCAAUCGAUUUUGUCAGCUUGGAGAUCCCCAUGGUGAUGGAACUGGUGGUGCUUGUGCUCAGGGGUUAAUUGCAUGUGAUGGGUCCUUGUCCAAAGUUCUGAAGAGUCAAAAACGCUUCCUGAAGAGCUCCACUGGGCGACCUCUUACACCUGAAGAGUGCAAGCAGAAAGGUCGGGUUGUGGCUACCGAAAUGAAGGGAAUCCCAGAUACGAUAGGAUCUCAGUUACUAAUCACAACAUGCGAAGGACAAGAUAUGGCGUUAGAUGGAUAUUCAUCGAGGGUGCGAAGAGCAGACGACAAUGAUGAGAACCAAUCUCGCCAGUUGUUUCGAUCCAUUGGCAUGGUAGUGGAGGAUGAAAAUGACAUUUUGGACAAGCUAGGCAAAGCGUUUUGCGAUGCAGACGGCCGACCUUACGCUGACGUUCGAAUCAUUCGUGCCCUCGUUGUAGAUGAUCCCUUUGAGGAUCCAGAAGGAAUGGAAGUACUUUACAAAGCUCGUGAUGUGAAAUUCCAACAAAAGAAGCAAGAAAACGAAGACGAACGAGUCAUCGGGUCGCCCGAAUGGGAACGUCCACCAGAAGAGGUGAUAGAGGAGCGGAUUCCGGCAGAUCAAGUAGAGUCACUUACUGGAGAGGAGAGCAUGGAAAAGUUGCGAGAACGCGAAGAAGAGUAUCGGAAGAAACAGGACAAAUCGCGAGCGGUUGUGCUGGAAAUGCUUGGGGACUUGCCAUCAGCUGACACUACGGCACCUGAAAACGUUCUCUUUGUUUGCAAAUUAAACCCAGUGACAGAAGACGAGGAUCUCGAAUUGAUCUUUUCCCGCUUCGAUGAGCAAGUCAAGGCUGAAAUCAUUCGAGAUCCAGAUACAGGAAACUCGUUGCAAUAUGCAUUCAUUGAAUUUACGAAGAAGGAACAAGCUGUAGAAGCUUAUUUCAAGAUGAACAAUGCUUUGGUUGAUGAUCGUAGAAUAAAGGUCGAUUUCAGUCAAAGUGUUUCGAAGGUAUGGGACAAAUACAACCAACGAAUGAGAACGAGUACAGGAGGUCGAUCCAAUAGUGCCAUGCCACGGGAUCCAUUUGGAGGAGGACCACCACGGCGUAACCAUGGCCCACCACAGUCUUCGCUUGGUCCACCCAGGAGGAAUGACCGAAACUUUCAAAGGAAGGGACCGCCAAAAUAUGAUAAUCGGCGCCAAGAGAAUAGAGGCCAUUAUGGUCGCCCUCGCCAUGAUCAGGAUGAUAGAAGGCGGAAUGAUCAACAGCACCGUGGUCGUGGACCACCGCAUAGACAUGGACAAGCUGAUCAUCAGCGGCCACCUCAUCGAGGUCACGGAAUGGAUAAAGACUACCGAGACCAUGGCAGAGACGAGGGGAAUCAAGGACAUGGGAGAGGCCAAGAGCAUCGAGGGCACGAUAGGCAUGAGAAACAGCCUAAGGACGUUGAUCAGUUUGGUCGGGAGAUUCGACGAGACACCAGACCACUGCCACCGAAGAAAGAUCCCGGGUCUGAUGCAGAAAGUGUAGACUCUCGACGAAGAGAUCGGCAUCGAAAAAAGCAUGGGAAAGAAAGAGGAAAGCGUCACCGAAACAGGGACAAGAAACAUCGGAAAAAGCCUAGUUCACGUGAUGAUGAUACCAGUAGUGAGGCCUCUUCUCGUGCUCGCUCUCGAGGCAGAGAUAAAGAUCGCGAGGCCCAUCGCGAACGCAGACGCUCGUCAGGGGAAAGACGCAGCCAAAAUGACGAACCAUCGUCCAGGGGAGCAAGGGGGGACGAAUCAGAUGAUCGACGUGGCAGUAGUAAACAGAGAGAUCGCCGAGAUCGAAGCAGUAGAAGCCGUGAUGGAGAUCGCCGACGACGAAGGAGUAGGAGCCGUUCCCAUAGCGACGACGAACGUCGAAGGGGGAGAUCUCGGGAUGGGAAACGAAAAGAACGAGAUCGACAAAAAGAUGACAAUCGUAGAUCAGAACAUGAUGAUCGAAAGCGAAGGCGGCGUCACGAUUCUCCUGAUCGUUAG